CAGUCCCACCUCCGUACCGGAGCAGUUUGUGCAUUACUGAACCCCCGGUCUCACUGUACUACCGAUCCGUUCCUUGCACGUGCGCGCACGAGCGACACCGACAUCCUGGCGCGCGGAAAGUAUCAGGGAGGGGUGUGCAGAUUACUAAAGAGAGAUUAAAGAGAGAGAGAGAGAGAGAGAGAGACUGAGGUUUGUGUCUUCUGAGGAGAAUGAGGAGGUUCUGAGGCUCUCGUGCUCUUCACCCUCACCGGUCGCCCCCGAGCUCCGGCUCGCGCUCCCGGUCUCCUCUGGCGCGCGAUUCCGCUUUCCCCCAGGACUCUGCUGCUCGGACAGAUGCAUACAGAUGCAUUUAGGAGCCCAAAGGACAAGGGGCGGCCGCGUUGCACAGACGAGAGCCCUCCUUCUGCUCCUGUCAGUAUGUUUCACCAUGCUCUCUGCAGAGGAACAUCCACAAACUCAAGGUGUAGAUCUUCUUCUAAAGCUGGGUUUGUCCAGCCACAAAGACGCCACCCACUCCUCUUGGAUGAUGACCUCAUCCCCCUUUAUUUCUUCUCUCCCCUCUCUCUCUAUUCUUCCCCCUGGGGUUGGGGUGACUCUGGACCGUGAUGCCAUGAUCGAAGCCCCUGUAGCGAGCGUCCUUCCCGCAGGCGUAGAGAAGGAGUUUUCCCUGAUAGUGAGCCUCAACUCAAAACGUGCCACCAAUGCCUUCGUGUUUAGCGUGCGGGACGGAACGGACCGGCUCCAGUUUGGUCUGCAGCUUCUGCCCAAUCGGGUAGUGGUGUACACUGGUGACAAGGCGUCCGUCUACUUCAGGUAUGAAGCGCAGGACGGACGGUGGCAUUCGUUUGCGGUGGCGGUGCGUCCACGCUUGGUGGCGUUCUUUGGCCAAUGUGGGGAGGUACACUACAGUGAGGAGACACUGACCAGGCCACGCAUGGUGGUCUCAAAUGGCCGUGUGGCCAUUGGAAGAAUGAGCUCCAGGGCAGCGCAGUUUGAAGGCUCUCUGUGCCAGCUGGAGAUAUAUCCGUCAGCGCAGGUCGCAGCACAUUACUGUGACUAUGUAAAAAAAAACUGCAGACUGGCAGACACUUUCCGAUCUUCGAUCCCUUCCAUAUCACCUUUCCUAACAUUUUCUACAACUUCACCCACCCCCUCUGAAACACACACACAAAACUUAGCAAACUCCACACUCAGGAACUCUGUAGGAAAAAUUAACACUACAUCCUUUUGGAAUACACUGAGAUCAGGUACCACUCGGAAUGUUGGUCCGUCCCCGAGCCCUUUCAGGCCAACACACUCUCCAGAUUUUACUCCAAGAACUACUACAAGCACCCAUCUAAGUGAAGGUAGACCCAAUGAGGAGAACAACACUGAGGAUCAACGGCUGCCCGGAAGACCCCGUGCCACUCGGGCAGCUCCGAUCCUGAUCUCUGACCAUGUGAAGAACCAGCCAAAUGACGACGACAGCUCUCAACAUCCAGAUCUCUCAGAGCCUCAGAUGAAGCUAAACGGUGCAACCUUAUACAGGCAGCAAGGGUACAACAACCAGCUGGAACGUCUUGAGGAAUAUGGUGAGGAACGGACGUACGACUCAGGGGUAUACGGAUACGACUAUGGAUUAGAAGAUGGAGACUACUUUUUGGACUACGAUGGUUUUGAUGGUCUAAAAGGGGAUCCAGGUCCUCCGGGUCCUCCCGGCCCUCCCGGUCUCCCUGGGCCAGCUGGAAAGAGAGGACCACGGGGUCCUCCUGGUCCUCACGGGAUUCCUGGUCCUCCUGGAUUACCUGGCCCAAAGGGUACAAAAGGUGACCCCGGGCUGUCCCCAGGUCAGGCCACGAAAGGAGAAAAGGGUGAGAGAGGACCACCUGGUCUACCAGGCCCCAAAGGAUUUCUAGGUCCAGUGGGUCCCAAAGGAUAUCCAGGAUCACCAGGUCAGCCAGGAGAACAGGGUUUGCCAGGAUUGCCGGGCAUGGUCGGGGCAGCAGGUUACCCUGGCAGGCAGGGACUGGCAGGCCCAGAGGGAAACCCAGGCCCUAAAGGCGGCAAUGGAUUUAUCGGAUCCCCAGGAGCACCCGGAGCGCCGGGAAUACAGGGAGAAAGAGGGACACCAGGACCUGUGGGGAAGAUCGGACCCAAAGGCCGACAGGGUGUGAUUGGAGACAUCGGAGAAAGAGGUCCUACUGGGCCUGACGGAAAUCAGGGACCUGUUGGAGCAACUGGCACCAGUGGCUUCCCAGGCCUCAGAGGCAACCCUGGGCCUGAGGGACCUCGCGGACUACCUGGCAUUGUCGGAUCUCAGGGCCUUCCUGGAGGUGUGGGACCACCUGGAUUGAAAGGUGAUAAGGGAGAACCUGGAUUACCUGGAGAACCGGGAGAAUAUGGCUACCCAGGUGACAAGGGAGCUGCAGGUAUUCCUGGACCACCAGGCCCACGUGGAAAACCUGGACCGAUGGGAAAAACAGGUGACCAAGGUUCUUUAGGACCACCAGGACCUCCGGGACCUGAGGGAUUUCCUGGAGACAUCGGUGUUCCUGGUCCGAACGGUCCUCCGGGUCCAAAGGGUGUUCAGGGAGCAAGGGGACCUCCAGGGCCUUUGGGGCCAAAGGGAACAGAGGGAGAUGAAGGCCCUUUGGGUCCACCUGGUGGUCCUGGCCCCAAUGGCAGGCCUGGAAGGAAAGGCUAUAUCGGUGAGCCAGGACCUGAAGGCCUGAAGGGUGAAGUGGGCGACCAGGGGAAUGUGGGCAAGAGCGGCCCUAUAGGAGAAGAAGGACUUCCAGGAAUUCCAGGAGUGGCUGGCCCACCUGGGGAAAAAGGAGAUCGUGGUCCUGCAGGGCCUUUGGGUCCACCGGGAGAGAAGGGUUCGAUGGGCUAUCCAGGAUUGCCAGGAAGUCCUGGAGAUGUCGGCCCACAAGGCCCACCAGGUCCGACAGGCCCGAGGGGUACUCCAGGUGUUUCUGGGACAAAAGGAAGGAGGGGGCCAAGAGGAUCUGAUGGACCGCCUGGAGAGCCAGGACCAGAAGGCAUAAAGGGAGAAAAGGGCGGACCAGGCCAGAAAGGAGCUACCGGGUUUGUUGGGAAGGCAGGAGGUCCAGGGAAGCGAGGAUCAUCAGGGCCACCGGGCAUUGUGGGUCCACCUGGAAGUUCUGGUGAAAAAGGACCUCAUGGUGAACCUGGACCUAAAGGUCCACCGGGGGAACCGGGAGCAGAUGGAGAGCAAGGACAUGAGGGACCUCCAGGACCUGAAGGUGACCAGGGACCUCCUGGAGAACCUGGAGCCAAGGGUGAAAUCGGAGCAGUGGGUGCUGAAGGGGAGCAAGGGCAAGAAGGUGUAAGGGGGCCUCCAGGUCCAGCAGGAGAAGACGGACCUCAGGGAAAGGACGGGCCGAAGGGUGAACAAGGUGACCGCGGUGCAAUGGGGGAGCAUGGGGAAAGGGGCGAGGUCGGUGACCCCGGCCCUCCAGGAGCUCCUGGAGAAGCUGGAGUAAAAGGAUUUCUGGGACCUGAAGGUAAACAAGGACCGCCAGGUAAACGUGGACGUCACGGAAAAAAGGGUGACCAGGGAUCGCCGGGUCAGCCAGGAGAGACGGGUUCAGCUGGCGAAUUUGGACAGAAAGGAGAACGAGGACUGAAAGGAGCUCGCGGAACCAGAGGACCACCGGGUCAACCAGGAGUUAUGGGACCGCAGGGGGACCCAGGAAUGGAAGGGUACACAGGUCACGUCGGCAAGCCUGGUCCUGCUGGACCCCCAGGACCUAAAGGUGAAAAGGGUUAUCCAGGGGAGGACAACGGUACCCCAGGAUCGCCGGGGCCCUUAGGUGAACCAGGUCCUCCAGGUGAGAGAGGUGACAGAGGAGACCCGGGAGAUAAGGGGUAUCAGGGUCAUGCGGGGGUCACCGGUGCUCGAGGAUCAGUGGGCCAGCAGGGGGCGCCAGGAUUACCUGGACUGCCUGGAAAUACAGGACCUGUAGGAGAUAAAGGAACUCAGGGAAAGCCAGGAAAACACGGUGCUCAGGGUCAGAUGGGUUCUCCUGGUCCAGAGGGACCUUUAGGUUUGCCAGGGCCCAAAGGCAUGAUGGGAUAUCCUGGACCUGAUGGUGCUCCAGGGUUACCCGGGCUACCGGGACGUCCUGGUCUGAUUGGUCUCACAGGUGAGCGUGGCACGACCGGUGCGGAGGGGAGGGCGGGGCUUCCUGGUCCACGUGGUGAGAUCGGGCUUCCUGGUGCGAUCGGAGACAGAGGCGAGCCUGGGAUACAGGGAGAGAGGGGUUUGCCAGGUGACAGGGGGCCAGGUGGUGCAAAGGGCAUGCCGGGUGUCUCCGGGGACCAGGGCAGAAUGGGCGAUCCUGGGGUCAAAGGUCAACCGGGAGAAGUUGGAGACCCAGGGAUCUUAGGACUUCAGGGUUUUCCAGGACCGAAGGGGCCGAGUGGAGAUGUAGGCUUUGCUGGAGCUCCAGGGCCCAAAGGACCGCUGGGUUCACUGGGUUUUACAGGUCCUGUUGGUCCAGUAGGGAUGAUUGGCCCAUUAGGAAGACCUGGUCCGCAGGGUCCUAAAGGAGGGACAGGAGAGAUGGGACCCCAGGGGCCGCGUGGUAGUCCAGGACUGCGGGGACCUCCAGGUGCUCCAGGACCAUCGAGACACGUGCGUGUGGGAGGAGCCAGACUGACAGCCAAGGAACCCGCGGAAUCGGCAUACGAGAGCUACCAGAGUGCCGACGCGUCCGUGUCGGAGCAGAACACCGAGGUCCUCAGGACUCUGCACUACCUGAGCGCCGUCAUCUCGGACAUCAAGACCCCGGCCGGUACGCGGGAGAACCCCGCCCGCUCCUGCAAAGACCUGCUGGACUGCAAGCCCAAGAUGGCCGACGGAAUGUUCUGGAUCGACCCGAACCUCGGCUGCUUUUCAGACGCCAUCCAGGUGUUCUGUAACUUCACAGCUGGAGGCCAGACCUGCCUUUACCCCCUUGCUACAGAUAAGGUGGCGCUUGGGGUCAGUAAGGUCCAGAUGAAGUUUCUGCACUUGCUAAGCAUUGAAGCCACUCAAUCCAUCUCACUCCACUGCUACAGCGAGCCCUCCACCCCAUCCUCCUCCAGUCACACACCUGGCAGCGUACGCUUCUACGGCUGGAACGGCCAGGUGCUCGAGAGGAGCUCCAUACCACACCAUCACGUGCUUCAGGACGACUGUGGGGUACGCGACGGCCGAUGGCACCACUCUCGUUUCCUGCUGCACACUCAGGACCCGACGCUGCUCCCCAUCGUGGACGUGCAGGGUUUCCAGCCCCAGAGCGCAGGGCCUGAGCAGCGCCGCCUGGAGGUCGGGCACGUCUGCUUUCUGUGAGCCACUUCCUCCUCGUCCUCUUCUCACCUGUGAAACAACUGAAGGACUCACAUUUCAAGAUGGCCGCCCGCAAAGCUGGGUCGCCGAAGAGCGCCGGGCUGCCUCGACACGGUCGUAGUGGCUUUCCCAUGGGUCCUAAAGCCUGACCUGUACAGGGAAAAUCACCCUGUUUAAACUAAAGAAGAAUGCGAGUUGGGUUGAAACAGCUCGCUCCCGUGGGCCAUCUCUUCGUCUGUUGAGUUUGGUGCUGGAGUGAACUGAGUCCACGGGCUGGGUUUUCAGACGCUGUAUGUUUCUAGGUUUAAAAUUGAGAUAUCUAAACAUGCUGAUAAUUGGAGAUUUGACAAAAUACAAAAUGUAAUAAAUAAGUGGAGAAUUAAAAAUAUAUAUUUGUAGUUUGAAUGAUCUAAAAAAAAAGUUUUUUUUUUCCCCAAAAAAAAAAUGUUUCCCUGUGAAAAGCACUGAUGCAGGAUCAGAUUUUCUUUUCCUAAAUUUGUCCCUCAUGUAGUCUUAGCUAAUUUCGUAGUAAUGUUAGUGCCCACCCCUUUACACUGACAGCUAUACCUUCCAAGACACUUGAUGCCAGCUGACUGCAUAUUUUUAAACACACCAUUAGGGGGUGGUGUAACGCACUCAGAGGAUAGCGCUGUCCACCAAUGCUAGCAUAAGCUCACAGCUCACAGAUCCCCAUUGAUUGGCCAGUGUCCCAGUAAUUGACAUACGAGUGCCAGGAUGCCUACCGUCCCCCUAAGAGAACGGCCAAUUUUCCUCCCUUGGUCUUACGGCCAUGGAUGACGGCCAUGGAUGACUGUGGAAUUAUCGGAAUUUAACCUUACGAUCUUCGGAUGGUAGUUUUUCCUGUUGCGAUCCCGUAAUUAACUUCAGUUUAGACGCGUUGCUUCGCUGCAGUAGUACACUAGAGUUUUGUAUGGGCACAUGUCCGCUCAGGACCACGGAUAACUUAUGUCGGUGCAGCUUGUAAAUCGAUACACUCUGUUAUUAUAUACUUGUUAGGUAUUCUCAGCAAAGUUUAUCUUAUUUCCAGCAAUUAGGAUUUUUUAGGCACCAGCGUAGCCACAUGGAUAGCUUGGAAACGAGGUUUAAACAUGAAAGCUAAGAUCCAGACAUUGUAUUCCGAAGGGGGCUUUCGUGCAUUCCCAAACUUUUUGUUUGACCUUCCUGAAUCAUCGAAUAUCGUAAUUUCUGAUAGAUUUUUCCUAUGAUUUGAAUGCCAUUUUAAAAUUCAGACAAUUUAGCUAGCGCUGUGUUAGUUGGGAUGACCAUGACAGUAGCGCUACUUAGCGGAACCGAGGCUAUCCUAGAAAAAUCGUGAAUUGGAAUUGUGUCAGUAUGGACUUAAAUAGCAGCAAACCAUACGCUUAAAAAUAUUCAGGACAUUUUAAGUCCCAAAGAACCACCGCUAUGAUCCACCGACAAAUAACUUAACAUGGCACAUCUACAACACUGUUUUACUCAGCGAACACGUUUCAAAAUUUCAAUCAUGCUUGAAACUUUUUUAAAGGCUACAAUUUUCGGUGAGCUCUAAUUAACAUCCCAGACAAUUUUCCUAGGAUUUCAUUUGAUUUGUACCAGUUUUAAAGAAUGCCUGAUACUGGGAAUGUGGGAAAGACCCUUAAGUCUACGUUAACAUUGGUAUAUUUUGAAAAACGCUAUUUCUCUUAUUUUUUUGGCCAAACCAACGUUUUUAGUCCACUUCCCAAAACAAUCCUUGAGUGAAACUUUAAAACAUCAGGAAACAGCAUGCUGGGCAUGCAGACUUUUACUUUUUUCGUUUUGACGCAUCUUCACUUAUGUACGUAAUAGCCGCCAUCUUGGAAUUUAAUGGUCUUCCUAAGUUUUAGUAGGACAAAAUUCUAGGAAACGAUGAAAUCCGUGUAGACUAGGACUGAAUUUGUAACACCUAAAGUCGUAAAGUCUGUUGCUAAAAAAAUGAGAAAUACAGAUGCUAAGCAAAAGAUUGCUAAAAACCAAGGCUAACAAUAGGACAAAUUUAUUGGUUCAAAUGACAACAUAAAGAAAAUAAGUUUUGUUAGCAGCCAUGCUUUUACAUUUUCUGUGUCCACAUUUGAUUAGCGAGCACGCAUGUGCUACAUGAUUAGCAAGCAGGUUAUUAGCUAGCUAUGUAAGAGGUUACAGUAGUGAAGGUUAAUACAUCACAACUAAAACUUAUAGGGAUCUUAAUAAAAUCCUGCAUUUAUAUAUAUUUUUUUUAAACCCUGCAUUGUUGUUGAUCUUAUGUUUGCUUUUUUGUCUUGUUGGAAAAAAACUCUCAUCAUUUGAGAAACUAGCAUUAAGAAACAUGCUUCAAAUUAACAUCCAAGCACCAGUUUUAAUCUGCUGAAAGGGUUGUUCAUGAUCAGACAAGUGUUCUGGGACUAAAGGGGCAGGAGAGAGGAAACGCCGCACUUACACGGUGCUACGAGUGCAAUAGCAUGUGGACGGAAUGUGAGAGAUCGAGAAUCGCUUUUGUUGUUACGUGUACAAACUGAACCGAAGCCUAGUCAGACGGCACCUACCUCCUGCAUCGCCGCAUCGCCUUCCAAGAUGGCCGCUCACGACGCCGGAUGCGUCAAAGCCCUUCAUGUCAAAGAGUACUUUAUUUGAAAUACUGUCUUUGCAUUAUGAUUAUUAUUAUUAUAUAAUUUAUACAAAUAUGUUUUUGACGUUGAUGUGUUGUGUUUUAUAGGCUUUAUUUACUUUUUUUUUUUUUAAUAAAAGAAGGUUCCCCUUACAGAAAAGUCGUCCUGCAUUUCAUGAAGCGAAGAGUUUUAGUGUGUUUGGUAAUUAAAUAUACUGUACAUAUUGUACAGUAACACACACGUGUGAUGUUACCUGCUGAUAUGAAGCACAGGGGACUUCUCAGUAAGGCUUCGACUCCUUCUUUAUGGUGCUGCGCUCGACACAGCUAGUUAAUCAGUCACUUUUUUUUUUUGCCUGUGUAUAUUUUGACAAUAUAAUGUUGGUUUAUUUAUGUUAUCUUUUUUUUCAUAAAAAUUGCUGUAUUCCAGUAAAUUAUAAUACCUUUAUCAGAGAUCUAGCUAAUUAAACAUUUAGUCCAAAUGAUUAUUUAUAUAUUGUUUGUAUUUUUAUAUAUUAAUACAUACAUACCCCCAUCACACACAC